CUCCUUCACGGGAUUUACCAGUUUUACGUCCAGCCCGGCUCGCAUAUUCCUCGGAUCUGCAUCAUAAAUGUGCUUGACUUCGUUAGAGUCAGAUUGCGCGCACGGAGAUCAUUUUUGGUCGAAACAUGACUCUUACUCGCUCACUCAAAGAACCAGUAAAUUCAUGUAUAAGCAGGCGAUUGCCGCUAAUCCCAAAGGGGAAGACUGCCUGGGGGUGAGCAACGAUGACCCGAAGAUAGUCCCCCAAACGAUGCGAUCUCAACGACGAGUUCCUCGCUAUGAGCGACCGGUUAACCUAAGACAAAAUCCAAACGCCUGCUUUAAAUUUGGCAGUGAGGAUGUCGCAGGCGCCCAUGCCAAAAGAUUCGGUGUCGAGCGCAACGGUCGCGGGCGGCUCGGGCCCAAGUGCCGAGAAAAACGCGAGGUCGCCUGCAGUGAAGGGUGAACCAUUAACGUCCACCCCGGGGGCCGGGCGCACCACCAAACCGCGCAGUUGUGUCGUAUGUCGGAGCCGAAAAGUCCGCUGUGACAAACAGUCGCCGUGCUCCAACUGUCGCCGGGCAAAUAUUGCGUGCAUACUUCCCUCCAAAGACCGCCCUCCGAGAUGGGCCCGUCGUCUCGUGCAGCCAGCACCGGAAGAUGUCAUGGAGCGAAUUCGAACACUUGAGAAUCUAGUGAAAGAUCUGAGUAACCAACUAGAAGAAGCAAAUGCUAGGGCCAACUCUGUUGGUGUUUCCUCUGCGGCUCAGUCGCCCGGAAGCUCCUCUAACAAUGCCACGAGUACAUCCGGGACAUAUUCCGACAAUGUGCAAAACCAGUUUGGGAGAUUGGUCCUUCGAGAUUCUAACCAGAGCCGGUACAUUGGUAGUGGUUUUUGGUCGCGCGUUACUGACGAGUUAGAUGAUUUGAAGAUGGACACCGAGGGGCUGGCUCAGGAGGAGCUUGAUACCUCCGACGAAGAGGAAUGGUCCCAUGGGAAGACCCCAUCUACACAGGAAAUCGAACGUACACCUGAAGAUCGAAAUGCAUUCAUGUUCCGGCAUAACUUGAUGCCUUCCACUCCAGACCUACGGGACUUCCAUCCUCUCCCCUCACAGAUACCCUUUCUGUUGGACGUUUUUCAAGAAAACGUGAACCUAUUUCUCCAAAGUGUUCAUAUACCAAGUACCACGAAAAUGAUCCGUGACUUGCGUGGUGACAUGACUAGCCUGACACCUGCCAACGAGGCUCUCAUGUUCUCGAUCUACUAUGCGGCAGUCACUUCGAUGGAGGAAGAAGACGUGAGGCUGAAUUUUGGUUCCACCAAGGCUGAACUAAAUCUGAAGUAUCGCCUGGGUCUCGAGCACGCUCUCGCCAAGGCCGAUUUUCUCAACGUACCAGACCUAGUUCUGAUUCAAGCCCUUGUCAACUUCUUAGCUCUUGCCCGUCGUCAUGACAGCCCCAGAUUUGUAUGGAUGAUGGUUGGUAUCGCAAUCAGGAUGGCAAUGUCAAUAGGGCUUCAUCGGGAUGGAUCAAAUUUUCCCAGUCUAUCCCCCUUCGAGAUUGAGACGCGCCGGCGUGUUUGGUGGGCCUUGUGUCUGUUUGAUGUCAGAGCGUCAGAAGAUCAAGGAACCGAAUUCACUAUUGCGGUGGAUAGCUUCGACACAAAAAUCCCGAUGAAUAUCAACAACAGUGAUAUAGACCCGGAUUCAAAAGAAGGGCCUACGGAACGCGAGGGGUUGACUGACAUGUCCAUCUCACGCGUGUCGAUCAAGACGUGCGAGCUCUCGAAGCGAAUGAUGGUUCGAGGGCCUAAGGCACCUAGCCUCGAAGAGCAGGACCAUAUGCUGCAGAAGAUCUACCAAGAACUAGACGAAGGCUUCCUUCGCUUCUCAACAGAGGCGAAUAUAUCAUACUGGGUUAUUGUCACUGUCGCCCGUCUCAUGGUCGCCAAGAUGACAUUGUUUAUUUACUUACCAGUACUGUUCUCUUCUCCGGGUGGGCAACUGUCCGAACAGCUCAGGACGAAAUUGUUCAUCGCUGCGAUUGAAGUUGCCGAGUACAACCACGCGCUGAACGCCGAACAGGCCUGUCGUCAAUGGCGUUGGAUCUUCCAGACUUAUACGCAUUGGCAUGCCAUCAUCUAUAUCCUGAUCGAAAUCCCUCGCCGACCGUGGUCUCCGCUUGUCGAGAGGGCCUGGACCGCCCUCCAUAGCAUCUGGCUUAUCCCCACGCAAUUCAAAAUGCGCAAGAAUUUGCGUGUGUGGUUCCCGUUACGGAAGUUAAUGAACAAAGGCACACAACAUCGAGAGAGUGAAUUGAAUAGGCUCAUUAACAACGCGUCAGCGGCGGAAAACCUACAAAAUGAAUAUCUGACGAUGAUCCAACCUUCAAGUCAAGCUCAUUUCCCGGCCGGGUCUAAUGCAGCGGCUCUCUUUCUCGAACAAUGGAAGCAAUUAGUUCAGUUCCCUACCCAAGGAAUGCGAGCACACAUGGCGGCUUCGUCUUUUCAGGGCCAUUCGGCGACUGGUAGCUCGAAACUAGCAUCCGGAGCACCCGAGGGUAUUAAUGCAAACUCCUAUACCAUGACGGUACCACGUGUCCAGCUUUGGCAAGAGGGGGUGGAAAUAGGUGGGAGCCUUGAUGCAGCGCCAUCUUCGACCCUUGAUAUACCCUCCAACGCCGAUAAAUUGGAAGCACGGCCAGUCGAACCAUCAGUGGGCCCUGCCUUUCAGCAAACAACGUCCACUUCCCUGGAUAACUUCCUGUCUACGCAGCCUGCAGAUGGCGAAACUAUGCCCUCGCUGUGGACUGAUGACUUUAUCGAACAAGUGGACUUGGGGACACUCGAUAACAUGGAUUUGGAUAGUGAUAUAGACUGGUAUAACUGGGUGGAAUCUGCCAAGGGAAUGGAUUAGGACACGGAUCCGAAGGGCGUCAUGUAAUGACAAUUGUCAUCGGAAUCCUCCAGCAAGGAUUUCUGAAAUUUGCGCUAGUAAUUCCUCGCUUCUUACCAACUGGACGGCCCGAAAAUCUCCCCUUCAGCAACUGUCUUUCGAACAGCAGUGUAGAGGUAGUCCUUUUCGAUUCUUAUUAGCAUGAAGACCGUUUUAGCUACGGAAUAUUACUUACCAUGGUUUCAAAAGGAGCAGUAUUUCCCCACCAAUUUGGGGCAGAAACUCCGGGGAACGUGAUGGCAAAGAAGAUGACAAUCGUCGACAGGACCAGGCCCGUAUCUAGUCCUGCGGCUGUAAUGUAGUUAUAAUUCCUCCACCAGCCACCCCAACGACGAUGAAUCCAAUAGUUGAAAAUCAGCCCGAACAUGACCCAGGAUG